AUGCUUAUUUUUAUUGGUGCACUUGUUUUCUAUCUUGAAUUAACUUUAGAACAAUUUACUUGUGCUGGUCCACUAGCUGUUUGGAACGUCAAUCCAUUAUUACGAGGUGUUCCAUCAUUGGGCAACGUUGCAUAUUUUAAUGCUUUAUUUCCUUAUGUAAUGUUAAUUGUCUUAAUUAUUCGUGAAGCAACAUUGAGUGGUGCUAUUGAAGAUCAUAUGGCUAUAAAAACGGAUGUGAGUGUUGCUGAUGUGGCUAAAGGUGGUAAAUGA